AGAUCGAUCAGCUUUGACUUAUACGUUUAAAUUUGCGUUUUUUUCAUUCACAAAGAAGAAUAUGCUUUACACUUAUCCUCUCUGUGGCUUUUAUCUUCUCUUUCUUAUUAAGUUCUAUAUUUCUUUAUGAGAACACCAAGAUAGUACAUUUUAUAUAUAACCCACGACUCCAAGUUUCCUCUGUUUUUAACAAAAACAAGAACAAAAAGUUUCCUCUGUUGAAAUAUCUGUAUUAUAAACUCUUCCCUUCCGCUAUCUGAAAAAUGGGAAACUGCCUUUCAAUCUCGGAUCCAUCUCUUGAAGAUGCAUCAAAGAAGCUUCUCAAAGCACUUCCCGUCGACACUGCCUUCAAGUUUCCCUCACCAAUGCCUACUUUUUCUCAAGGUGAUGAUGGUUUUGCGAAACGAACAAUUGACUUGGGUGGUGGUCUCGAAGUUAGUCAAGUUUCGACGUUCAACAAAGUUUGGUCCACUUAUGAAGGAGGACCAGACAAUCUCGGAGCUACAUUCUUUGAACCAUCCUCAAUCCCUUCCGGUUUCUGCAUCCUCGGCUACUACGCUCAACCAAACAACCGUAAACUUUUCGGUUGGGUACUCACAGCUAGAGAUCUCUCAAGCAACACCUUAAAACCACCAGUAGAUUACACCCUCGUAGGAAACACCGAGUCGCUCAAAAUCAAACAAGACGGAACCGGGUAUUUCUGGCAGCCCGUUCCUCCUGAUGGAUAUCAAGCCGUUGGUCUAAUAGUCACAAACUCCUCACAAAAGCCAUCUCUAGACAAACUAAGCUGCGUUCGAUCCGAUUUAACCGAACAAUGUGAAGCUGAUACAUGGAUAUGGGGCACAAACGGAGUCAACAUCUCAAAUCUAAGACCAACCACAAGAGGAACACAAGCUACAGGUGUCUCUGUAGGUACAUUUACUUGCCAAACCCAAAAUUCUUCUCUUCCUCCUCCAGCUUUAUCUUGCUUAAAGAACACGAAAUUGGACUUCUCUACAAUGCCAAAUGGGUCCCAAAUCGGAGAAUUGUUCCAAACUUAUUCUCCAUGGAUCUAUUUCCAUCCAGACGAAGAAUAUCUACCUUCCUCUGUCAAUUGGUACUUCAACAACGGAGCCUUACUAUACAAGAAAGGCGAAGAAUCGAAACCAAUCCCUAUCGAAUCAAACGGUUCUAAUCUUCCACAAGGCGGAUCAAACGAUGGAUCAUACUGGCUAGAUCUUCCAAUAGACAAAAAUGGUAAAGAGAGAGUCAAAAAAGGAGACUUACAAAGCACAAAAGUGUAUCUUCACAUCAAACCAAUGCUUGGAGCAACAUUCACAGACAUAUCAAUCUGGAUCUUUUACCCUUUCAAUGGACCAGCAAGAGCUAAAGUCAAAUUCGUGAAUCUACCAUUGGGGAGAAUCGGAGAACACAUUGGAGAUUGGGAACACACGACGUUACGGAUCAGUAAUUUCACCGGAGAGCUAUGGAGAGUGUUCUUAUCGCAGCAUAGCGGUGGAGUUUGGGUCGACGCUUGCGAUUUAGAGUUCCAAGGAGGAGGAGGAAGUAACAAGUUUGUGGCGUACGCUUCGCUUCAUGGACACGCGAUGUAUCCGAAACCUGGAUUGGUGUUGCAAGGAGACGAUGGGGUUGGGAUUAGGAAUGAUACGGCGAAGGGUAAAAAGGUAAUUGAUACGGGAUUAGGGUAUGAGGUGAUUGCGGCGGAGUAUGACGGCGGAGGAGUGGUGGAGCCGCCGUGGGUUAAUUAUUUCAGGAAGUGGGGACCGAAGAUUGAUUAUAAUGUUGAUGAUGAAGUUAAGAGUGUUGAGAGGAUAUUGCCUGGGCUUUUGAAAAAGGCCUUUGUUAAAUUUGUGAAGAAGAUUCCUGAUGAAGUUUAUGGUGAAGAUGGGCCUACUGGGCCUAAACUCAAGAGUAAUUGGGCUGGUGAUGAAAGUUGAUGAAUUUGUUUGUUUUUCUUUUAGAUUGUUUGCCUUGAUUCUUUGUUUAUAAAAUUCUCUUUUUAUGUAAAAAGUUUAUGUUUUUAUAUAAACACUAUGUUUGGCUAAUUGGCAAACUCAAAAAAAAAUUGAAAUU